AUUAGAGUAAACGGGAAUAUGGCGACACCGUUAUUGUCGUGCUCCUGGUACAGAGUUCGUCUGAAUAGGAGCGCUGCUACUGGCGUUCGAGGAAGUCUUGGAUAAUAUCGGAUGGAGACAUCGAGGAUGCGGUGAUACAGUUGUUCCAGCAAUGUCCAAAAUGAAUUUCAAUUUCGGAAGUACUCCAAAAGUAGCAGGAGGUUUUAAUUUGCCAAGUUCGGCAGUAACAACAACAACCACCACAACACCAGCCUUCUCUCUUGGUGGAGAUUCAUCUGCUUCAAAAUUAUCUCUCAAUCUGUCAUUGCCACCAGCUACAACAGCAGGAUUAGGGCUCCAGCUAAAAACUACAACAGCUGUUGCUGUCCCAACGUCAAGUACAACAGGCUUCACCCUCGCAGCAAGUACAGCAAGUACAAGUGCAACUACAUCCACAGUAGCUCCUCCACAGUCAGUCCUAGCUACUGGCACUACUGUGUCUAGUGCUUCAUCAGGAGCAAGCACAUCCCUUAACUUCUGUCAGCUGGAAGAGAGUAUUUUGGUAUAUCUACUGAUGUCAUGUGUGCUGGCAAACUCUACGCUUACCUUGACUGACCACAUAUAUUUCAUUCCCAGUGUGUCUAGUGCUUCAUCAGGAGCAAGCACAUCCCUUAACUUCUGUCAGCUGGAAGAGAGUAUUAACAAAUGGACUCUAGAGCUAGAAGAGCAAGAGAAGUUGUUCAUGAAUCAAGCUACACAGGUGAAUGCAUGGGAUCGCCUUCUUAUCGGCAAUGGCGAAAAGAUUGUUGGUCUAAAUAAUGCAGUGGAACGUGUGAAGCUCGAACAGCAGCAGUUGGAUAAUGAAUUAGAUUUCAUUUUGGCCCAACAACGAGAGUUAGAGGAAUGUCUUGCUCCACUAGAAAAGGAAUUGGACUCCAAUGGGGUGGCUGAUCCAGAGAGAGAACACAUAUUCCAGAUGGCUGAAAAUAUGGACACUCAAUUAAAACAAAUGUCUGAAGAUCUGAAAGAAAUUAUUGAGCACCUAAACGAGACAAACCGAACACAGGACACCAGCGAUCCCAUUGUCCAGAUUGGGCGCAUACUGAAUGCACACAUGAACUCACUGCAGUGGAUUGACCAGAACACAGCUCUAAUUGCAACACAUUUGGAACAGGUGUCAAAACUGCAUGAUGUUCACAGAAGGGAAAAUGAGAGAUCUUUCCACCUAACUUAUGACUGAAAACCUGAUGUAUCUUUAGUUUUGUCGUAUAAAGAACUACAGAACAGACAAGGAUACAAAGAUGAAUAAUACCAAACUGUUUUGCUGAAAGGUAUAUUAUUUAUGUAAGCAACUAAUUUGUCAUAUUUUUAUCUACAAGCAAAAUGUAACUUGUUCUUUCUUCUAAUCUAAAUUAUCACAUUCCUUGAAUAUUUUGGAACAAUAAAUAUGGUUAUAUAAUA